AUGGACUUGGGGAGAAAGCCGAUUGCUCGGUUCCCGUCGGGUGAUUGGGUCGUGUCCCAGCUGCCGGUGAAGCUCGAGGACCUACGCCACGCCAUCUCUAAGGUAGGUGAGUUUUCGGAUGACAACCGUUCGGGGAUCGAUCACUCUCUGCACCGUAUAAGUGCCAUUAGGAAUCGUAAAAUGCAGAUUAUAGGACUUACUUGCCGAGUGGGUCGAGCUGUGUCGGGGAGUGCUGAGAUCAUACGGGACUUAGUCGAAGGUGGAGGCUCCAUUUUGGUCAUUGGGCCACCUGGUGUGGGCAAGACCACUCUAAUCAGGGAAAUUGCUAGAAUAUUGGCUGACGACCAGCAAAAACGUGUAGUUAUUGUUGACACGUCAAAUGAAAUCGGUGGUGAUGGGGAUGUGCCUCAUUCUGGUAUAGGUCGUGCAAGAAGGAUGCAAGUCCCGAACGUUCACUUGCAGCAUAACGUAAUGAUUGAAGCAGUUGAAAACCACAUGCCUGAGACCAUUAUAAUUGAUGAAAUCGGGACCGAGCUUGAGGCACUUGCUGCAUGUACAAUUUCCCAAAGAGGUGUUCAGCUUGUUGCAACCGCUCAUGGAAUAACUAUAGAGAGCAUCAUUAAAAAUCCAUCUUUGCAGACCCUUGUUGGUGGAAUAGAGAGUGUUACUCUGGGUGAUGAGGAAGCACGAAAGAGGAAAGUACAGAAAACUAUUCUCGAGAGGAAAGGGCCCCCGUCAUUCACAUGUGCGGUCGAGAUUAUAUCGAAAACCGAGUGCCGAGUUCAUCAUAGACUUGAUGCAACUGUAGAUGCUAUAUUGGCAGGGAAAUCUCCAUUGUUUGAGGUUCGACGCAUAGAAGCUGGAGCUAAUAAUUCCGUGGAAUCAAAUCGGCCACUUGAGGACUCUCAAUUAUUUAAAGUUUGCAAGGUGGAUUCUGAAGAUGAAAAAUCACUAGGGUCAGCUCAAUUUCCUAAAGAACACCUUGUUGGAUUUUCGGAAGUGGCAAACGAUAAUCUAAAACAGACUAAAGGAGAGUUUCACAGGGAAGAAGACGAUUACUAUCAUAGGUCUAAGAAAUUGGGCACUAAUGUAUAUGUGAGCCGAAAGAGCUACCCGUCUUAUGUUUACACUUACAAGAUCCAAGAAGUUGAUUUGCUGCAAGUAGCGGCUGUAAUGGGGCUCGAGGAUAAAAUAGAUGUGACGGACAAUAUCGGUUUAGCAGAUGCCGUUUUAGCAUCGAGUGAUGAAAUGAAACAGAAUCCUUGGAUUCGUGGGGUGGCGAAAUUCUAUCACUUGCCCGUAUUUGUUAUCAAGUCCACUACAAUGGCCCAAAUGGUGAAAGCAAUCCGGAUGAUUCUUGAGAUCGAUUCAUUUAGCUCUAGACGAAAACAGUCGGGCAAAACUUCUCCCGACAUUGAAAUUCAUGACGAUGCACCAAAGAGAAAACCAUCACUUGAAGAAAUUGAUGCCUUGGAGGAAGUUCGACUCGCGAUUGAAUAUAUUGUGAUACCUGGAGGCGAACCUGUUGAGCUUCUUCCAAGGCGAUCUGAAAUUGUUGCUCGACAACUUGAACUCGUCAAGAGUUAUCAGUUAGCUUUCGAGAAUUCUGGUACUGAAUCAAAUCCCAGGUUGCAAAUCCUUCCUCAGAAAUUAAAUGAGAAAACAGCAAUAAAAUCUAACUCAAUUUUUGCCAAGAACUUAAGCCCCAAGUCAGAUUCGGGUGAAGGCCCUGGUAAUAGUGAUGUUCGGCUGCCAUUUCUGCCUGAAUAA